UGAACAUACCACAAAGAUGGAAAUUAUUUUUUUUUAAGAUGAUAAAUAUCUAUUGAAAAAUAUGAAUUACGAAUUUUUAAAGUGCCUAGCUAGUAAAUGAAAGUCUUACUAGUAAAACAAUAAAUUGUUUCUUUGGACUAUAAGUAUCUUAUCUAAAAACUGGAUAGCAAUUCAUACUAUAGGUUAGCAAAUCACAAUCUUGUUUAAAAGAUAAAAAUUGGUUGCUUUAAAAUUGUAAGCACAUUCUUAAUAUUCAUAAAUUAGUUUGGAAUUCAAAAAAAAAAACUUAAUUAUUAACGUAAACAAAAUAUAUAAAUUCAUGAUUUGUGAAAAAUCCUUCAAUAUCAACAUAUCUAUAAAUUUGAAGUCUUGAAAUUGACACUGAUAUUUUCGUACGGUUACACAAGAUCGAAGGGGACCGAUUGAGAUUACGUUCCGACCCAUUUUAUCUGCAAAGUCUCUCUGGAAGCCACCCGUCGCCAUUGCCAUUUUAUAUGCACAGAGGACAAGCUUUAGCUGGUCAUCCCCCAUUAGCAGCUGCAGAGGAAAAAUGCCGACUUUGAAUUUAUUCACGAAUGUUCCAGUCGAUACUGUCGUCGCCGCUGACAUCCUCAAGGACGCUUCGAAAGCCGUUUCUAAAAUUCUCGGCAAACCUGAAUCUUAUGUGAUGAUCUUGCUGAAUGGUGGCACUCCAAUUAUAUUUGCUACGACGGAAGAGCCAGCCGCGUAUGGAGAGUUGAUUUCCAUAGGAGGCCUUGGACCUGGCGUGAAUGGAAAACUUAGCUCAACAAUUGCUGAGAUUCUUCAGACCAAGAUCCAAAUUGAUGGUUCCCGUUUCUAUAUCAAAUUUUAUGACGUCCAGCGCUCAAACUUCGGGUAUAACGGCUCAACAUUUUGAUAAGUAUUUUGUAGGAUCAUAAGACAGAAGUGUUAUCAAGCAUGAAAGUUGUGGAGUACUAAGAUUAUUCAAGGGAGUUGAUGGAACACAUUUUCUGCCAUUAUUUGUAAACUAUUUGAAUGUGGAUGUAAGUGAAUGAUUGUCUUGCAUUUUUAUUUGUUUGAGUGUUUCAUAUCAUUAAGUAUAACAACAAGCUGAGCUUCUCGGUUGAGUUA